UCUGAUUGCCGCAUCGGAGAUGUCUUUUUCCCUUCCCCUUUUCCUCACUCUCUCUCCCUCCCAGUCCAAUCACCGCGCCCAAUGGCGUUCGUUUCUUCGAUCUAUUCUCCUUCUCUUCGCAGCCUCUCCUCCAAUGCUCUCUCGCGCGACGGCUCUGCACCCAAGAAAAUUUGCCCCUUCGCGUUCUCUCUCCCGCAUUGCGGUCAACUCCCCAAUGGUUUUGUCUGUUUCAGAAUUGACUCUCUCUCUCAAUGGAGUAGAAGGAAGUUGUCAACUUUUCAAUUUUGUGCUUCAGUUACAGAAUUCGUGCAAGAAACAUCUGUAGAGAAAGUUCAGCUUCCCAAAGGAGACACUUGGUCUGUUCAUAAAUUUGGUGGCACCUGUAUGGGAGGCUCCCAAAGAAUUCAGAAUGUUGCAGAUAUAAUUAUGAAUGAUAGUUCAGAAAGAAAGUUGGUUGUUGUAUCUGCAAUGUCAAAGGUGACAGACAUGAUGUAUGAUCUUAUCUUCAAGGCACAGUCACGGGAUGAUUCUUAUAUAGCUGCAUUGGAUGCUGUUCUAGAAAAGCACAGGUUAACGGCACUUGAUCUACUUGAGGGGGAUGAUCUUGCUAGUUUCUUAUCACGGUUGCAUCAUGACAUAAAUGAUCUUAAAGCAAUGCUUUCUGCGAUAUAUAUAGCUGGUCAUGCAACAGAAUCUUUCACAGAUUUUGUUGUAGGACAUGGAGAGUUAUGGUCUGCUCAGAUGUUGGCGUUGCAUAUCAGAAAGAAUGGAGUGGAUUCUAAUUGGAUGGAUGCAAGGCAGGUCCUUGUUGUAAAUCCUACUGGUUCUGAUCAAGUUGACCCAGAUUACUUGGAAUCUGAAAGAAGACUUGAGAAAUGGUUUUUACAAAAUCCGUCAGAGACAAUUAUUGCAACUGGUUUUAUAGCUAGUACACCUCAAAAUAUUCCCACCACUUUGAAAAGAGAUGGAAGUGACUUCUCUGCUGCUAUACUGGGUGCUUUGUUUAGGGCACGUCAAGUUACAAUUUGGACGGAUGUUGAUGGUGUUUAUAGUGCUGAUCCUAGAAAAGUUAGUGAGGCUGUGGUCCUGAAGAAGUUGUCUUAUCAAGAGGCCUGGGAAAUGUCAUAUUUUGGGGCGAAUGUUUUACAUCCCAGGACCAUAAUCCCUGUGAUGCAAUAUGACAUUCCAAUUGUUAUAAGAAAUAUCUUCAAUCUCUCGACACCUGGAACAAUGAUCUGCCGGCCUACCGUCAAGGAGUUCAAAGAUGUCCAGAGAUUGGAAUGUUUGGUUAAAGGAUUUGCGACAGUGGACAAUUUGGCCCUUGUAAAUGUUGAGGGAACUGGAAUGGCUGGCGUCCCUGGUACAGCUAGUGCGAUAUUUGCCGCGGUGAAAGAUGUAGGAGCAAAUGUUAUCAUGAUAUCUCAGGCUAGCAGUGAGCAUUCUGUGUGCUUUGCCGUCCCUGAGAAGGAAGUAAAAGCUGUUGCUGCAGCCCUGGAGUCUAGAUUUCAUCAAGCUUUGGAUGCUGGGCGUCUUUCUCAGGUUGCAGUUAUUCCAAACUGUAGCAUUUUGGCAGCAGUGGGUCAGAAAAUGGCAAGUACUCCAGGAGUCAGUGCUACACUUUUUGAUGCACUUGCAAAGGCUAAUAUUAAUGUCCGUGCUAUAGCCCAAGGUUGCUCAGAGUAUAAUAUCACCGUGGUUCUCAAACAAGAAGACUGUGUGAGGGCUCUUAGGGCUGUCCACUCAAGAUUUUAUCUCUCUAGAACCAUGAUAGCGAUGGGUAUUAUUGGUCCUGGACUGAUUGGUGGCACCUUGCUCGACCAGCUCAAGGAUCAGGCUGCAGUCCUCAAGGAAAAGUUUAACAUUGAUUUGCGUGUUAUGGGUAUCACUGGCUCAAGGAGAAUGCUUUUGAGUGACAAGGGAAUUGACUUAUCUAGCUGGAGAGAACUUCAAAAGGAGAAAUGGGAAGCUGCUGACCUGGUAAAAUUUGUCCAAAAUGUGCACGGAAAUCAUCUUUUUCCUAAUGUUGUGUUGGUAGAUUGUACAGCAGACUCUAGCAUUGCAAGCCAUUAUUAUGACUGGUUACGGAGAGGAAUUCAUGUAGUUACCCCAAACAAGAAAGCAAAUUCAGGACCACUUGAUCAGUAUUUGAGAUUGAGAGCUCUACAACGCCAAUCUUACACACAUUACUUCUAUGAAGCUACUGUUGGAGCUGGUCUUCCAAUCAUUAGCACCCUGCAGGGUCUCCUAGAAACUGGGGAUAAAAUAUUGCGGAUUGAAGGUAUUUUCAGUGGGACUCUGAGUUACAUUUUCAACAACUUCAUUGGCACGAGAGCUUUUAGUGAGGUUGUCAUGGAGGCAAAAGUGGCAGGUUAUACUGAGCCAGAUCCAAGGGACGAUCUAUCUGGAACAGAUGUAGCCAGAAAGGUGAUAAUUCUUGCCAGAGAAUCUGGUCUAAAGCUAGAACUUUCAGAUGUCCCUGUUCAAAGUCUUGUGCCAGAACCGUUAAGGGGUAGUGCAUCAGCUGAGGAAUUUCUACAGAAACUGCAGGAAUAUGACCAAGACAUGGCUAAGAAACGUCAGAUUGCAGAGGAUGCAGGAGAAGUCCUGAGAUAUGUCGGGGUGGUGGACGUGGUUAAUCAGAAGGGGGUCGUGGAAUUAGGAAGAUACAAGAAAGAUCACCCUUUUGCAGAGCUGUCAGGGUCUGAUAACAUUAUCGCUAUCACCUCUGAGAGGUACAAGCAUCAGCCUCUCAUAGUCCGCGGUCCAGGUGCUGGAGCCCAAGUCACAGCUGGUGGAGUCUUCAGUGACAUUUUGCGGCUUGCCUCAUAUCUCGGUGCCCCCUCAUAAGCAAAUAUAACAUUGCUCCCAACCCACUAACCAUGGCAGGUUCAUUAUUCUUCUGGAUCCUAACUGCCAUGUUUUUGUCAUUCCAAGCUUGUGGUGAGAGUACUUGAACCAUUAUAUAUAUAUAUAUAUAGCUCAAUCCAUGCAUUAGCCUCUGUUGACAUCAAUUUAUUAAAGAAGGUUAGGAUUAGCUGAUGCCCCGUUGUUUCAAGCAUUUGUAAUGGCCUAGUAAGCCUUAACUCUCAAAGGUUUUGCACCUUCUAGUAUAUGCAGCACUGUGAUCAAUCAGGGAUGUAAUUCUUUCAGCAAAGCUGUAUUCUACUUGGCUGAAGUUGCUAAUUCCAUCAGUUCAGAUGUACUUUCCCUCCACAUCUGACCAUUUGCUGUUUUGUUCGGCCAUUUUCUAAAUUUACUGGCUGAUCAAGGUGGAUGUGCUGAUUUUGUUAAAUUGAAUUCUCACCAGACCAGAUGAAGAAAUGAUUAUGGUUUUUCAGUCUAUCCUGCA